AUAUAAAAAAUAAAUAAAACAAAAAAUAUAUAUAAAAAUGAAAAUGGACCAUUGGAUUUGAUUCCCAAAACCCAAAACCCACAUAGAGUAGAAGCAGCAGCAACAACAAACGCACACAUUUCACUUUCACUUUCACAACAACACACAAAGCAGCGUCGUUCUGUGACUGAGUGAGUGAGUUAGUAACGACGACUCCAUAGCUUUUUCCUUCUUUCGUUUUCUUCUCCAUUGCUGCUUAAAGAAGCAUAGGAUAUUGAUUACUCGUUUUUUUCUUCUUCGUAUCACUGUUGCAGCUGUUGAUCUUGCUCAAGAUUGAAUUGAUUUGAUAGGAAAAGGUAUUCUAAUGGCUGAAGAAAUGGAUAAAAUUGUUGAUUCUGAACAAGGUUCUAAUUACAAGAGAAAAUUAGAUGAUGAGUCUUCUUUGGUUGCUGAAGAUGGUUCUGUAAAUUUGGAUGAUGAUUUCCCUCCCUAUGAAUUUCCAAAUUCGUCUGAAUUAGGGUUAGAUAGUUAUACAGAAGAACCACAAUUAGGUGUGCUCGAGGUUGAGGAUUGGGAGGAUCCUAUUGCAACUCAGCUUGAGGAAUUACUGAUGACUAAUUUGGAAGCAAUUUUCAAUAACGCAAUCAAGAAGGUUGUCGAGUUAGGCUACAAUGAAGAAAUGGCUGAAAUGGCCAUUUCAAGGAAGGCCUUAUACACAGAAGGAGACCCUCUCACCAAUAUUGUUUGCCACCUAAUGAAUAAUUUGAAGGGAAAAGGUAGUGAUACUACUGCAGAUUUUGUAUUUCAAAAUUUGAAGCAGCUACAACAUUAUACAUUGGUAGAGAUGAUCGGUAUACUUCGAGAACUAAGACCCUCCCUAACAGUAACUGAAGCAAUGUGGGAGUUGCUGAUACAUGACUUGAGUAUUACGCGAGCCAUUGCAGGAGAAGAUGAACUGAGUGAUGUUUCUAGCGAGCACAGCUCUGACAAGUCUUCUGUUCCUCCAUCAAAAUCAGAGCUUCAAAGCUUUGAUAUAAUUUCUGAUUUCAGUUUGACAAAUAGUCAAAAGGGCUCCGGAGAAAGUAAAUCAGGAUCUAAUUCUAAGCUGAAUAGUAGAAAAGAACUUGCAUUAGCACUUAGGCAGAAGUUCCUUCAUAUGGAGAAAUCUAAAGCUUGUGGAAAAGGGGGUGUUAAAUUAGCGAAGCUUACAAGUGUAAGUGGUUUGAUUGUUGAAAAAAGACUCAAGCCACAAUCUGAAAUUCAAAAUCAGAAAAUGAAACGCGGCUCCUCAUAUAAAGGAGUUAGUAUAGCAGGAGUAUGCCAUGUUUCAGUCAAUGAAGAUUCAGCUUUACCUGAAGGAUGUAGUGCCGCAAAAUUAUCCACAAAGGAUGCUACAUCUACUUCUACCACAGGGAAAACAACCAAACCAAAAUCUAAACCAUGCUCCGCUGCCACUCAAAAGAUUCAAAAUUACUGUGCUGGUAUUCCUUUAGACGAAACUUCGGGCAAGUAUGUGCCGCGAGAUGAGAAGGAUGAACAAAUUUUGAAAUUGGUAUCUCGAGCGCAAGAAUUGCAGGAUGAGGUGCAAAGCUGGAACGACUGGGCGAAUAAGAAGGUUAUGCAGGCAGCUGAUAAGCUGCGCAGGCUUCAGUUUGAGUCUAAAUCUCUGAAAAAAGAAGCUGAAGUAUAUAGAAAAGAAAGGAAAGCUUUGGAGGAGAAUGCUGAGAAGAGGAUAUCUGAAGUGGAGAAUGUGAUGGAAAAUAAUGAAAAGCAACUUGAGAAUGCUUCUUCUUCCGUAGUCUUUCUAGAGUCAAAAAAAUCCUUGCUAGAGAAGGACUUGAAGGCUGCCAAGUCGUUGGCUGAAAAGUCAACGACAACCCUUCAACAAGCACUGGAGAGAGAGCAGGUGGCUAUUCAAAAAGUCCAGUCAUGGGAAACGGAGAAGGGUUUGCUUCAAGAUGAACUUGAGAAAGAGAAGAAAAAAUUAUCUAACCUGCAACAGGAGAUACAAAAGGGGAAAAAUCUUCUAGCUAAUACUGAGGGUAGAGUGAAAAAGGAGAGAGCUAAGAAAGAAAAGAUCCUUGCAGAGGCUGCAUUCAUUAGAAAAGAAAGAGAACAGUAUGAAGCACUCAUGAAAGCUGAGGAGGAUGCCCUUAGAACGAAGGCAGCUAGUGAGCUGCAGGCAUAUGUGGAAAGCGUGGUAAAGCUAGAGAAGGAGAUGGCUAAGCUAAAACUAAAAUCUGAUUCCAAAAACAGUAUUCCAUCUGUGGUGAAAGAAAACAAGAAAUCUGAGAUGACGGCAGGGAGCUCACAAGACAAGCUGGCAGGUGGAAGAUUGAAGCGGGAGCACGAGUGUGUCAUGUGCUUAUCAGACGAGAGGUCGGUUGUUUUUCUGCCAUGUGCUCAUCAGGUUUUGUGUCCGAAAUGCAAUGUGCUCCAUGAGAAGCAAGGGAUGAAGGACUGUCCUUCUUGUAGGACCCCCAUCAAGUUUAGGAUUCAUGCCAAAUUUCUUGGGCAGCAGUAGAUAUAGACUUUCCUUAGUGGAUAGGAACCGUGAAGAAGCGUUGCAGUUAGUUUAGAUGAUUCUCCAAGGUGGUUCAUUUUGAAGGCCAUUUAGACCAUUAUGUCAGCUACAUUUUAUUUUAUAAGAUGUUUAUUUUGAGACUGAAUCAGCUCUUAGUCCCUAUCCUCCUUUACCUAAAUAGGAAAUAAAACAGAAAGAGAAACAGCAUAGACAAAGAAAUAGCUGUCCUUUGAUACAGUUAUGUGUAAAUUUUAUUACAGUGAAUCUCAAUAGCACAGAGAAACUUGAUGGAUUUGGUUCAAAUGAGUGCGUUGUUCAA